CUCAAAUACUGAUCUCACUGAUCCAGUAUGGCUAUGGCAAAGGCAGGCGCGCCGAGGGUCUCGGCGGCCCAGCUGGUGACUCUCGGGCUAUCACUCCUCUGCGCUGUCGCCGGCCCGGCCGCCGCGCAGAACUGCGGCUGCCAGCCAAACGUAUGCUGCAGCAAGUUUGGCUACUGCGGCACGACCGACGAGUACUGCGGCGACGGGUGCCAGUCGGGCCCGUGCCGCUCGGGCGGCGGCGGCAGCAGUGGCGGCGGUGGUGCGAACGUGGCUAGCGUCGUCACCGGCUCCUUCUUCAACGGCAUCAAGAGCCAGGCCGGGAGCGGGUGCGAGGGCAAGAACUUCUACACCCGGAGCGCGUUCCUGAGCGCCGUCAAGGCGUACCCAGGCUUCGCCCAUGGCGGGUCGCAGGUGCAGGGCAAGCGCGAGAUCGCCGCCUUCUUCGCGCACGCCACGCACGAGACCGGGCAUUUCUGCUACAUCAGCGAGAUCAACAAGAGCAACGCCUACUGCGACCCGACCAAGAGGCAGUGGCCGUGCGCCGCGGGGCAGAAGUACUACGGGCGCGGCCCGCUGCAGAUCUCGUGGAACUACAACUACGGGCCCGCGGGGAGGGCCAUCGGCUUCGACGGGCUCGGGGACCCCGGCAGGGUGGCGCGGGACGCCGUGGUGGCGUUCAAGGCGGCGCUCUGGUUCUGGAUGAACAGCGUGCACGGGGUGGUGCCGCAGGGGUUCGGCGCCACCACCAGGGCCAUCAACGGCGCCCUCGAGUGCGGCGGGAACAACCCCGCCCAGAUGAACGCGCGCGUCGGCUACUACAGGCAGUACUGCCGCCAGCUCGGCGUCGACCCCGGGCCCAACCUCACCUGCUAGGCUAGGCGGCAUCGGCGGACGGCGGGGGCCUUCAGGCCUUGUGCUCGGCGUCGCAUCGCACCCUCGCGCGCGAAACCGAGCAAUAGUGACAAUAAAACGCCGGGGCUAGCUGAGCCUGUUUGUUCGACUUCGACCUGAAUAAUGAAGCAGCUGUGAUAUGCAUGUUGUUUCGACACAACGUGUACGCUUGCAGAGCGCUUGUACUUUACGAUUGCAUUGUAUGCAGCAAGGGUUUAAAGGCUGAAUCAAUAAACGGUGUGUAGGCGAUCACUGUUUCACCGC